UCGACAACCUGACCAGUCUCAAUGUCCUCUUGUCCAAUGUGGACGUCAUAUUCAGCGAAAAAUUGAGCUAAAUGAAGUAAUAAAUGUCCUGAAUAUUGUGGUUUUUUGGUUGGUGCCUGAGUAUCAGUGAUUAAAAAGUAGCGUUACGAGAAUGUUCGAUUAUCCGGAGGACGAGUGUCCGUGGUAUUACUUCGACGGUUCCUACAAAACGUUGCUCGGCGCUUGUCUAAUAAUAUUUGGUGUAUUCGGGGUGCUGCUAAACGGUUGGCUGUUUGCCACGUUCAUUCAUAGCCACCUGCUCAUAUUCAAGAGUCAUAUACUAGUACUUAAUCUCUGUUCUGCAUCGCUCGGCAGGAAUCUCUUAGGAUUUCCAUUUUCAGGAACAUCAGCUCUAGCAAAAAGAUGGUUAUUUGGUCCAGCGUGUUGCCAACUAUUUGCGUUUUUGAACCAAUUCCUUGGCAUUUUUCAAAUGUACGCUUUAUUCGCCAUUGUAUUAGAGAGAUAUUUGCAAGCAAAAUUCUACAGACAAGAAAAAUCCCUAUAUCUCCAAGUGUAUUGGAUACUGAUUGGUGCGUGUUGGUUUAGUUCAGUAGUGUUCGCCACGCCGCCACUGUUUGGUUACGGAUUGUACUCUUGUGAUACUACGGGUACAUCUUGCACUUUACUAUGGCCGUCACUUGCAUCAGGAAUGAAACACAUCGGCUUUAGUAUACCAUACGUCAUAGUAUGUGGAGUGGUUCCGAUUAUUGCAAUUUUUUAUUAUAUGGGAAAAGCUGUUCGACUUGAGAAAAUAUAUUAUAGAAGUGAACAGCAAAGGGAACAGAAGCGUCUUACAAAGAGUGCUCACGCACUGUGUGUUGCAACACUAGCGUUAUGGAUUCCAAGUGCUGUCCUAACAAUAUGGCAAUGGGUACCUUUAUUGGCAUAUGGGUACAGACCUCACGUACCCCCCGCUCUGGCACUCAUAGCACCGAUAGCUGCUGAGGCAGCAACCAGUAUACCUGUUCUGUGCUACCUAAUUUGUGACGACAGAUUACGCGCUGCGCUCCUUGGGCGUAUGCGUAGAAAUUACGCGUUGCUGCACCCAGAACAAGCGAAACUUUUCAAUAGUGCAUAACCAGACAGAGUUACGUCUCCAGAAGACAAGACUGUGACCCCAAGAGGACGCGUUCCGCUCCCAGAAGACUGAACUUGAGGUUCCCCGGCCGUUGGAGGAUUGUCAGAUGAAAUUGUAGUGAUGGUCUAAACGAAAUGUUGUAUUAUAAUAUCCUCUAUGUUGUAAUAAAUAAGACAUUUUUAAUAAUAAGCACAUUAUUUACCAUUUUUUUUAUUAUGUCCUAAGCACGAAUUGAAUGUAGUAAUCC